CAUUGCGGUGGUAGCUAGUUAGCAAAGACGCCGUGUUUUUGAUGCUGUCGAGUGUAGCGUGGGCACACCGCUCUCUCUGUCCCUCUGUUUGUGGUUGAGCCACCGUACAGGAAAGCCCUGUCCAUCGGCGGCUGGCGUGGGGUCGGUUGCUGUUCUGGGAUGGUGUGCUGAGCUGGGCAAACUCAAGUGUCGCUGGUGAUGUUCUUCCACUUUGUGUCCUGUGUGGUUGACUGCUUGCAUGCCGCUUCGAGAGAACCAGAGGAGGAGUUGGUGCCUUCGACUACACUGAUGCAGUGUCACUAGAGAAGGGGGGCAUCACUGUUCUUUUCCCAACCUUUUGUUUUGUUUUGUCCUAUUGUGUGAGUGAUUCAUCCUGUGCAACCUUUUCACUUUGACGUCCGAGACGAAGGGGCUUGUGUAAGUUUCACUCUAACAUCCGAGACGAAGGGGCUCGUGUAAGUUUCUACUUAGUAACCGCCAAGACGGAGCUUGUGUAUAUGAUUAGGGUAUGAACACUGAAGUAUUACUGGGAGACGUAUCUUAAAUCUCAGACUCCUUUUGGAACCUAUACUUGCUGUAGGGGGAGACCAAAAACGUGUGUCUAACAGGCUUGUGUGUGUGUGUGGUGGCCAUUACCAAUUUUGCCCUUUUGGCAGUUUGUUUUCUUUUUACAAUUUGAUUUACUAACUUUGUUUGCCGUGCAAUUUUUGUUAUUUGGUCUACCCCUCGUGCAAAUGCCAAUUGUCAUAAGCACUUUUGCAUAACUAGCACAUUUGCACAUUCUUGUAUAUUGAGAUGACGUGCCUAAGGAUACUGUAAAAGCUUCAUAUUCUGAUUUGAUAUUUGACUGAGCCCGUGAGGCAUAUUUUCAGAUACAGAGACUCAUUACGAAAAGAAAGAAAAUAAAAAGAACUCUGAAUUGUAUGACAGUUGUAUCUCUUGUUAUUCACUAACCUGUUGCGGGGAAAGUCAAAUCAAGUGUUUGAUGGUUGGGUUCUCUCACCCUUACAAAUGAGAGUGGCGUAGUCACUAAACAUCUUAAAAAUAUUAAAAAUAUAAAAAAAUAUUACGGUAAAGAGAUAACGCAGGCCACAUUUGGCAGUAGUCGGCAAAGGAUAACUAAGUGGAUACAGCUGUCUACAAUUGUUAGUGGUGGGUUUUGUAUGCAUUUGGUUUUGUUUUGUUUUGUUGGGAAAAGAACAGUGAUUACCCCCAGCCAGCGGAGGGCCCCACCGACGAGAUCACCGGCAGGGGUGCUGGCAUAGCCGACGGCCAAGCUGCGAGAGAAGCAUGGAAGGACUGUCUGAGUUGAAGCAGAUGGCAGCGCAUCAGCAAGGGCAGCUGGAUGUGCUGUCAAGGUGGCUGGGCAUUUCCCAGCAACCUCAACCUCAACCGGAGUCGCAGGAGGCUGGCUUCACGUGGGAGAGCCAGCAUCGGGGACACCCGGUGAGAGACCGUGAUGGGCAACGGGCCUCUGUGGGUGCGCAGCGGCAGCCCUCGCCGACAGCCCACUCAGGGGGCAAUGGGCAGGCCUCCAACCGCAGGCGCAGACUGUCAUUUAGUGGACCGGAGAGUAACCGUCCAAGAAGAACGUCCAUGUCGCAUGAGGCUAGCUUCACGUGGGGGAGCCAGCAUCUGGGGCACCCAGUGAGAGACCGUGAUGGGCAACGGGCCUCUGUGGGUGCGCAGUGGCAACCCUCGCCGACAGCCCACUCAGGGGGCAAUGGGCAACGGGCCUCUGUGGGUGCGCAGCGGCAGCCUUCGCCGACAGCCCACUCAGGGGGCAAUGGGCAGGCCUCCAACCGCAGACUGUCAUGUAGUGGACUGGAGAGUAACCGUCCAAGAAGAACGUCCAUGUCCAUCCAGCCUGGCGUGACUCCAUCCUGGAUCAUAAUGCAGUGUCUGUGUAUGAUUAUGUGCAUGUGUACUUUGUUGAUGGUUAAUGUGCUGGGGGGCCUCUAGUGUGCGUGUGGUUGCGCUCGUUGGAUGCGCGUGCGAUGCGCGUGCUUGUGUGUGUGUGUGUGU